UGUACUUUGGAGCGUUGGAUAAGGCUUUGAGUUUAGUGUCAAAGUCAGACAGACAACUGGCAACAACAAGAUGGCCAGAGUGUGUGCACUGGUUUGUUUUGCUGUUCUUUUGCUGGACAUGUAUGGAGUGGGUGCUGAGAUCACAGAAGAAAACACAGGAGCUGUGUUUGUGUCUCAGCAGAUGGCACACACCGUGCUGCAUCGUAAGCGCAGACAUAACACUCCUUUUGAAGAACUUAAACAAGGUAACCUGGAGCGGGAAUGUAUGGAAGAAAUUUGCAGCAUGGAGGAGGCCAGAGAGGUGUUUGAGGAUGAUGAGAAAACUAUGGAGUUCUGGGCAGGCUAUAUCGAUGGUGACCAGUGUAAGCCACCCCCCUGUCAGAAUGGAGGUGUGUGUGAAGAUGGGGUCAACGGUUAUCUUUGCUUGUGCCAACCAAACUUCAGCGGCAAGAACUGUGAGAUCGACGUGAACAAGCAGUGUUUGGUGAACAAUGGCGGAUGUUCUCAUUUCUGUGUAAUGAAGGCUAAUCAAGCUGUGUGCAGGUGCGCAACUGGUUACAUACUUGGGCCAAACAAGAAGAGCUGUGAGCCAAUAGAGCCAUUCAGCUGUGGUCGUGUGAAUCUGUCCUCCAGCUCUCUCACCAGGUCCAUUCUAGAACCAAGAUCGUCAAACUUCUACAACGAUACCUGGAACGAUUACUUCUAUGAUGAACUUAUACCAGAGUAUGAUUAUCUCAACCAUCCCAUGACCGAAUCAAACCCGAGCAAUGACUCUCUGGACUCUGAGGAUGUGAUUGUCAGUCGGCAUGUGAGAAGCGUCACUGAAACACCGAAAACGAAGACGGAGAUGUCGUCCUGGGGGUAUGCCAAACUUCCCAAUGUCACAGCUCAAGAGAACACUGACCAAAGAAUUGUGGGAGGAGAUAUGGCCAUUCCUGGACAGAUACCUUGGCAGGUGGCGCUGAUGUUCCGCCCAGACAGUGUGCAGAGAGCGCUGCCCUUCUGUGGAGGAUCCCUGCUUGCUGACUUAUGGGUCAUCACUGCUGCCCAUUGUCUGUGGAACAGGGAUGGCACAGAACGUAAAUUCUUCAUCAGAGUUGGUGAACAUGAUGUGAACCAAGAUGAGGGUCCAGAGCGAGACCACGAGGUGGCCGAAAGGCAUCCCCACCACAUGUAUGAUUUCAAGAACUCACCAUAUAACCAUGACAUUGCGCUCUUAAAGCUUGGCAGUCCAGUGGAAUUGUCCAACAAGCGGCGUCCCAUUUGCCUGGGCCCCAAAGACUUCAUACAGAACAUUGUGAGAGAAUCCACAGUCUCCCUUGUGAGUGGAUGGGGCCGGAUAAGGUUUCAAGGCCCCGAGGCCACCAAGCUCCAGAAGCUGGAAGUCCCCUAUGUGGACCGCACCAAAUGUAAACAGAGCAGCCGAGACCAUAUCACCCGAUUUAUGUUCUGUGCAGGCUUUGAAAGUGAACAGAAGGACUCGUGCCAAGGGGACAGCGGUGGGCCGCAUGCCACCAAUUACAAAGGAACUUGGUUCCUGACAGGCAUCGUCAGCUGGGGAGAGGAGUGUGCCAAAGAUGGGAAGUAUGGCAUCUAUACCCGGGUCUCACACUACUACAAAUGGAUCAGUAACGUAACAGAGAUCAGUAUAAGCAAUUAACAGGAUUCAUGACUCAGCUGUAAAAAUAAACAAGUAGCAUGUGUUGAGUUUAGCCCCCGAGGAAGUGAAUGAAGUGAGAAAUCCCCCAUGUUCUUUUUUAGUACCUCAAUAAAACAUAUCAACUUA